AUGUCGGCCAACUCCGCGCUGCGACCACCGCAGCUCUUCUCGACGUUCCAUGCGAUGGCGCCGCGUGUGCUGAGCACCGAUGACGACGAGGUAGUCGAUGACUUCAUCAACCCAGAGCUGCGAGACGUGCUCGAGGGCAUUGACGUCUCGGAAGGCAUCAACGCCUUCCGGUUCAUAUUCGCCGAGACGUGCAAGGAGGUGGCCAGCAAGCUUGAGGAGGUGGGGCGGCGCGACAGUCACAGCAGCGAGCCGCAGGAGGCCAGCGGUGACGACACAGCGCCACCAUCACCCUUGGCCUCACCUGCACCGCCGGCCGAGCCGGACGCGCUUGGCGAGGUCACUGCCCUCCGCGACUGCCCUCCGGCGAGCUCGUCACUGCUCCACGCGGAAGGGUUCAAGGGGGCGCUGGAUCGCAGCUGCACCAAUCUGCCGGGCUCGCCUGUGCUGCAUCACACCGACGCGAGCCUCCCCGUCUCCCCCCUCUCGGUCUCCUCCUCCUCCUCGCUCGAUUCGAGCCUUGACGGGGAUAUGGUGAGCGAUGAAUUCGACGAGAACGACGAGAGCGUGAUCGGCGAGCGGCUCUCCUCGGGCCGGAGGAUGUGGUCGCCAGAGGAGGACGCCAUCCUGGUCAGAGUGCUCAGCCAGGAGCCGCUCCCGCCACGCAAGUGGCCCGCCGUCCAAAAGGCGGCACCCUACCCGACCCUGCGGCGCGAUGCGAACUUUCCGCUGCCCUGGACCGCGGAGGAGGACCAGUUUGUGCUGCAGCAGAUCGCCAUCAAGAUGGAUUGCGACCGCUCCGCCUCGUCAGUGCGCAACCGAUACUUGCGCAUCAUCGGUUGCGCCGCGCGUCGCAUGACGCCUGCAGCCGCUGAACCGUCGUAG